AUGGAGUUCGUGAUCGGCGGCUUAGCUGGCGCGGGGGCAACUAUCUUUACUAACCCCAUGGACGUAGUGAAAACUAGGUUUCAACUGCAAGGGGAACUUCGAGCUAGAAAUGAGCAUACUGCUCGUUAUCGAGGAAUAUUUCACGCUUUGUACGUAAUAGCAAGGAACGACGGCAUGCUGGCCCUACAAAAAGGACUCGCGCCAGCAAUGCUCUUGGGAUUCACAAUGAAUUCAGUGAGGUUAGGCAUGUACCACGUGGCAGAAGUACAAGGCUGGACGAAGUCAAAGGACGGAGACAUCAAUAUUAACAAAACGAUAUUCUGGUCAAGCGCCAGCGGUGUGAUGAGCGGUCUGGCUGCAAAUCCAGCGUCCGUGGUCAAGACGCGGAUACAAGCCGCCGCACACCCCAGUAUAGCUGUCGGACGACAGCAUCGAUACGAUGGGAUGAUGGAUGCUUUCAUCACGAUUUACAAGACUGAAGGUGUAAAAGGUUUUUUCGCCGGCGUUAAUGCGACUUGCGCAAGGCUGGCGGUCGGCAGCGCUGCACAACUAACCACAUUUUCCACUGCCAAAGAAGUUUUACAAUCGUACGGCAUAUGCCAGCAAUCGCCGUUCGGGCUUGCGUUCUUUGCAAGCGCACUCAGCGGUGUGAUGGUAGCUCUGGCCAUUUGCCCGUUUGACGUCACAGCAGUUCGCCUUUAUAACCAGGGUCCUGCAUCAAAAGGUGAACUGCUCUACAACGGUGUGUUUGACUGCCUUAAGAAAAUUUACACCACUGAAGGUGUUCAUGGAUUAUACAAGGGAAUUGGACCUCUAUAUUUAAGAAUAGCCCCGCAUACAACACUCUCGCUAGUUAUAUGGGAUAUGUUAAAUAACCUUUUUGAUAAAAAUAAAAAGAGUUGA